AUGAAGUUUCCCGUCUGCAUUUCUUUUGUUUUUGUAAACAUACUCAACACAGUUUCACCAAUUUGCGACGGUUUAGGUACACAUUGGAAUGUUACAACACGCGGUUCGUUUAGUUGCGUGCUAAACAAACGAAGCGCGACUUUCGACACGGGUGCAGUUAGCGGCCCUUCAUAUGGAGAUGUCAGGCGCCCGCGCCGCCGUCACCGCCGCCCGCCGCCUAACACUAACGACAUACUUCACACGAUUUCCACUACAUUCUUUACUGAACAAGACGCCAAGACUCUCCACUUACACGGAAUCAUCGAAAGUACACACAUGGAACAACACUCACAACGUAAACUCAUUACCUGUAUGUUUACCGCAGAAACCUUUAAGUCGGACGAUAAAUCAAAAUGCUUUAAGGCUUUGUGAAUCUAAAAACAGAUAACAUGGAUCGUAAAAUUGCUUACAAUUACCAGUACUAUAAAUAA